AUGGCGGACGACGCUGCAACCACGGAGGAGGCCCCUAUCACUUUCACCAUCAAAUCUUCAACUGAUGCCAAAUUCACGCUGUCUCUCCCUGCAUCCACACCUGUCUCGGAGCUCAAGGAGAAGCUCUCAGGUCCCGAAUAUGCCGACACCCCCGCUGAUCGCCAGCGUCUAAUUUACUCUGGCCGGGUACUGAAAGAUAGUGAUACGUUGGGCACAUACAAGAUCAAGGAUGGUCAUACUAUUCACCUGGUGAAAAGUGCCGCGAGCAAUCAGCAACGCUCCACCGCUGCCGCCUCGCCUAGCCCCGCCUCGUCUGGGGCAGGCGCCACGACCACAACCCAGCCUACAGCUACCGGUGUUCCAACUAACCUCGCUGCUGGAACCGGCAACAACCCUCUCGCUGGCCUCACGGGAGCACGUUAUGCAGGCUUUGCACAGCUUCCAGGAGCUGGUCUGUUUGGACCAGAUGGCGGUAUGGGUCCUCCCCCCGAUUCCGAAGCCAUGUUGAAUAUGCUCGAAAACCCUCAGAUCCAGUCCCAAAUCAACGAGGCGCUGCAAAACCCCGCGAUGAUUGACAUGAUGAUUCAGCAAAACCCAAUGCUUCGUGACAUGGGUCCUAUGGCACGCGAGCUGAUGCAGCGGCCAGCAUUCCGUCGCAUGCUGACUGAUCCCGCGGCUCUGCGACAAGUGAUGCAAAUGCAACGGUCAAUGGGACUGGGCGGUAGCGGAAUGGGUGGCGGCAGCAGUGCUUUCCCAGCGCCGGGCGUCACCAAUACAACUGAAGGCACCCAGACCAAUCAGCAACAGAACACUCCGCCAAAUCCCUUUGGUCAGAUGCCGAACCCGAUGAUGGGCGGUAACCCGUUCGCUGCCCUCUUUGGUGGGCAAGGUUUCGGUCAACCUUCCACUGCUGCAAACAGUUCCUCGGAGGGCGCCACCGGGAACCGAGGCGAUUCGGCUCAGCCAACGACUGGCGGGGGCUCAAGCUCAGCGCCAGAGGCAGCUCAAAAUCCAUUUGCUUCGCUACUGAAUCCAGCCUUGUUUGGCAACGCUGGUCAAGGUGGCAUUAACCCAUUUGACCCGCAACAAAAUCCAUUCUUGCGCGAUCCCGCGCUCAUGGGUCAGAUGAUGCAGGGAAUGGGAGGUCAGGGUGCUGAGGGUGGUGGUGCAGGAGCAAACCCGCUCGCAGCACUUUUCGGGGGAGCUGGAGGCUUUGGUACUUCACAGCCGCCGGAUAACAGACCUCCAGAGGAGAGGUAUGCCGAUCAGCUUCGUCAGCUUAACGAUAUGGGCUUCUUUGAAUUCGAGCGAAAUAUUGAGGCUCUUCGCCGAUCUGGUGGUAGCGUUCAGGGUGCUGUCGAAUAUCUCCUCAGCAACAGCUCAUGA